GAAUGAAUCCCAAAGAUACAGGCUACCUUCAGCCUGUAAUGUUUUUAUUUAUUUUGACGCCUUGGCUAUCUAGAUCUAGAAAUAAUGACUAAUCCACACCAAAAUGUUACUAAGUAAAGUGAUUGUCACAGCUUUGUUUCACUUCUGCAUACAUCUACACCUCUGUUUACCGAAUGCUCUAAGGGAAAAGAACGGAGCAUGGAACGUGACUUUUUCCUUGACCAACGUGUACACCAGUAACCUGUGCAGGCGUACACAUGUUGUCCCCGACCUGGACGUGUAUCUGGUCAUUGUGACCCUAAACAUCUAUCCCACAAACCUGCUCGCAUUUGAGGACGUGAUCGUCUUACUGCAAGAUGGCAGCGAGGUGUGUGCUAUCAAGGUUAGCCUCGAGUGUGAGGCUGGUCACCACCCAAACAGUAAGUGUAUCUGUGUUAAGAAGGCGCCUUCAGCGUACCUACUGACCAUCAAGGACAAGUUUCGAGCUAAUCAAUCCGUGCAUGACGAUCUCACCCACAGAAGCCAGCUCGGCAUUUGGCUGGAAGUUAGAAGCACGAGCUCUCUUCUGCACAACGUGAGAAAGUUUCUUCCUUUCCCCAAUGUGACAUUGGCGCCUAACCCGAGUGUCCACUUGAAGUUGGAUGGGGUAAGGACAGACUUAGACGUCUGUUCCCACACUUUCCCGGUAGAGAGUCAGCACAGUAUCCUGUUCUGCGUGAAAGGUCUACGCCGUCCCUCUAUUGCGAUGAGGUAUCAUUCAGAGAAUCACGAACACGUGGGCACAGAGUGUUUCUAUAUGAUGAUUCUAAUACCUGAAGGCCACUCUCUACUCGUGUUGUCCUAUCAUGACGAUUGUGGCAGAAGCGGCUUCGUUCAGUGCAAAAUUCGAGGUGCAAUGCAGCCUUACAAUGAAACCAGCCUGCUGCAUCUAUUACAACAAAUAAAGGAGCCGGAAGAUGAAGGGAGAAGUCCUGUCCAGAUGUUUGAAGCCAACAAAACGAUGAUACUUUCCGCUGUGGGUAUCGUUGUUAUCUUGGUUUCGGCUGGAUGCUUUGCUGCCUACAUCGUUUACGUGGAAAAUGAAAACCGUAAGAAGAAGUCAGAUUCCACUCGAUGAGGACAAAGAUAAGGAAGAUAAGAUGUAACUCGAGUGUUCCUAAGUCUGGAUUGUGGUUAGGAAUGAAAUACUAUAACAAAAGAAAUACCCUCUGAUCAUGUAAUGAAUAUACACGUAAUAAUCUUUGAAGUAAAAAAAUGUAUGUGUACAACUA